GGGCAAAAACUUGAGGGAACUCGCAACAGCUGUCCGGUGGAGCGGAGCGUGAAGGACAAGACGCGUCUUUAUCACAGGCAAUGGCCAACCCUCUGGAGAAGGUGGUAGCCCAGAAGAAGGAGGCCAUUGAGGCAGUAAUGGAGAUGUUUGAACGGGGGGCAGAGGUGUUGGCAAGUGCAGUGGGUGAGCUCUUUCCGCUUUGUGAGGCAGCUGCUCCGGUCCUUCGCUUGGUCCUGGACAAUGUACAAAGCAAGGAGGUCUUCUAUGUGAAGGAGCAGUUUCUGACUGUACGAAGCAAACUGGACAUCCUGUCCACCGAGCUGGAGGAAUUAGACUGCGAGAUAAAGAAAGGCCAGUUGGAUGUUCAGUAUUUUUCUGUGGAAGAAAACAUUAGGAACCAGUUUCGCAAGUACAUGGAUAUCCUGGAUGCCAAACCCCAGUUUCGGGACACUAAGACCAAACUGUUCCUGGAACACUUUUUUAGAACAGGCGAAGAGAAGAACCUGCAUGUGCUUUAUGAUGCUAUCAUGGGGCGCAACACUUUUGGGGAGUCAAUCUUGGAGGUCGUGGAAAAAUACGAGGGCCGAAACAGGAGGGUUCUGGAGGACUUUUGUGUCCGAAUGAAGGAGCUCUUCUGCUUGGGGCUCAUUGCCCUGCUGGGCCACUGUGCUCUUACUCAAGGAGAAGAAAGUGAACAAAAAAUGAUAGAGGAAUGGAGUCAGAAGAUCGAAGAGGUAGAGACCAGAAUGAAGUUGGCUAUUGAAGAAUGUGUGAUGGCCUUUCCCGAGCAGGCUCGCCUGGACACCCAACGACUGAUCCAGGAAAAGGACGGAAAAAGCAGCCUGGACACAGCGCAGGCACUUCAGGAGUUCCUUACAAAAAAAUACGACUGGGUGAGCUGGUCAGUCCGGGUGAUCAACCAUUCUGGCAGCAGUUAUCGUAACUGGCGAGCUGGCGACCACUUCCACCAGUCAGUGGGGCAGAACUGGUUUGAGGUGCCCAACGUAAACAAUGUGACAGCGGUGGUGUCCUUCAGCUGUAGCCCACAACCUGUUCCACGGGACUAUGUCCGGCAGCUAAUGGAGCGACAGGGGAAGAAAGGUGAUGCCAAGGCUGUAGUGGAGGCCAUGGAGAAGCAGUUUCCUGGGUUUGUGGCACAUGCAGUUAGCUGCUACAAGGAAAGUUGGGCAGCCUGGAGCUUUCCGGAAGACUGCCACUACUGGGAGAGGCAUAAGAACGUAUCCCUGUGUGUGCAUUCUGAAUGAAGGUGACCUGAAGGUCAGAACAGCCAGGAAAAUGUUCGGAUACGUGAUUUGCUCUUUAUUUCUCAGUCGGUGCCCUGCAGAGAAGCUCAGUCUUGUUAAAAUAUAUUCAAGCUUCUU